AUGGAAUUGGAUGCGCGACCCAUAUCAAUAGCGCCGCGCUGGUCAGAGCAGACAGCAGAUCCCGGACCUUCACGGCCUUCAGUGACCUCGGCGACAUACAUGAAUACCCCUUCAUUGUCUUCGCAGCGACGGAGAUCUUCUGCCGCACAUACGAGACCAGCGGCGCCUCCCCCAAAUCACCCCAUACCGAGCAUUCCUUCCCAGCCCUCUAGCCCCCCAAGAACCCACCCUACGACGCCGGAUCCUCCGGAGCGGGCCCAUCAUAUGCAAAAUCAUGCCAAUGGUGUUUCGGGCGGUUAUCCCUCGACUUCGUACCCCAGACCGAGUGCAUCAGCAAACCUUGUCGCCGUUGCCUCUUUUUCCUCUAGGCAGCCCUCGACGUCCAUUUCUUCUUCUCAAAGUCCUCAAUUAUCUGCCUCAUCAUCGAUGGAGAACUUGACUGAUCCUCCCCCACCGUCUUCCCUCCCGCCGUCGCGGCGCUCGCCGGAGGUAUCCAAUCACGCUUACAACGAUAACUACCUCUUGACGCCACCUGAACCACGCUCUGCCCGCGAAAGCAAGCCAUCCUCGCGUCGAACCCUAAUGAAGGCGCUCGAGCUUGCGCGUGAAGCAGUAGAAUUGGACUCUACCAAUGAUGACCCCAUAGCCGCUGUCAAGGCGUACGGCAGAAGCGUGGCCCUGUUAAGUGAGGUAAUGGAGCGUGUAAGGCGAGGUGAAGACAGUACGGAUUCGCAUCGGAAGAAAGGCAGUCGUAGGAGAAGUUUGGUCGCCCAGGAGGAGGAAGUAAGGAGGCUGAAGUCAAUCCACGAUACGUACGCCGACAGAAUGAAUAUUCUAAGUCUAAUUUACAGUAUUCCACCGAUGCCUCAUUCCGCGGCAGCCUUCGAUGAUUCUAUGUCUGCCUCCACGGGCUCAACCACACAAUCACCAUCUCCUACUUCCACAUCGCCUACGUCCGAAACGACUCAGGCUUCAUCGUUCAACCCUUCCGAAGGAUACGAGAUCGAAUAUCAUACCGGUCAUGAUCGAGAUCGCGCUGACUCUUUUGGCAGUGUUACCACCAGCGUAGAUACAUCAUCAAAUCAGACAACGCCUAUAGCCCAUCCCUACGCCACACAUACGGACUACGAUGUAGUCUCACCCACCACAGCUCCCCCUUCUAGUCACUCUUCACCCAGUCGAACAGCAGGUAGACGCUCACGUUCAGGUUCGACGAGUCUCCCCCCUCCAGCUCCACCCCCAUCAACCCUUCCACCCCCUCCUCCUGCACCUGGACCUAACUCUACCGAUCCCUACCCCGACGCGUCCCUCCAAGGGGGGAAACCCCGCCUUGAUAUCCGACAACGAGGCGAAUCUGUAGGCCAUAGACGCACCGGUUCCGGGGGGCGACUUGGGCCUUUGCAAGAAGAGAAUGAACGUGUAGACGAGCAAGACUACCGUAAAUCGCUCUUGUUAGAUACCCCGAAGACGGCGAGAAGAGAAUCACAUCCCCUCCCUCCUCUUCCCGCGACCGACGUCGACACACCCACUGCAUACGACCAAGGCCCACCAUCACCAAGACCCUCUGCCAAUGUCAACCGCCAGCGUGGUGUUUCGCAGCCUGUGCGGUCAGAAUCUGCUGCAAGCCUUAUCAAUGUCUCUACCAGCCAAGGGACUAUCCAUCAACGGCGAUCUAAGCCUUCGACCGCCUCCACCCCACGAUCUUCUUCACCUUCCGGAUCAACCGCAUCUGUCGGGUCACUUCCUCCGUCCAAAUCCGCCAUUCUCUCAAGACCAGCGACAUCAUCCUUACCCUCACUCGCGCCCGUACAAGUUACUACGAGGAGCCGCGCUCUCUCUCAGCCUGAUAGGAGAAUGAAUGGUCGCUCGUCUCCUGAUCCUCCCCCCAUCCCCGUCUCCGCUGGCGUUAACGGGCCUUUCCCUCGACAGCUAUCCUUUUCUUCGAAACAUCCAGGUCAUCCCCCACCUUUAACUGUUCAAACUGAUAUACCUAUGUCUGCCGGUUUGCCUACCGCAGCUUCGUUGGUCCCCCCACCUCAUUCAAUAUCGGGUACAUUGCCAACUACGCCUCCAUCGCCGCUGCCACCCAUUGCUCCAAGCGAAUCACUGCGAAAGCCAUUCUAUAUGAUGCACUUGCUCAUGACAACAAUGUCGUCCCCUACCGGUGGCUACAUCACCCGUCGUUUACAUGUCCCCCAGGAGGUUUGGACUCAGGGUGGGGUGAAAUUGGCCAAUGUAGCAGAAAAGAUUCGAGUUGUGGAAAUCCUCUGCUCGUCCUUAGAGGAGCUCCAGAUUACCAGCGCCGACUCAUUUGGCGCGGGUAAUGUCAGCAGCGGGAUGGCCCUGGGCAUAGGGAGCAUUGGGAGGAAGGAAGGCGAAGCUUGGAUCGGCAAGCUAGAAGAAUUUUCUCUGUGCUGUGAUAAUGUUGUGGCAAAUUUCGGCAAGAAACUCGGAGUUGGUGAGGGUUUUGUUGUAAAGAAGACCACCGGGGUCUCAACAUGGGGUAACAAGAUAUCACGUCGUUUUGGCGGUUUCACCAAUGGAAAGAACCUCGACUCUCCUGCUGCGUAUGUUCAAGGCCUUAAGCAACUAUUUCAGCAUGUACAACUCCUGGACGAGCACGCAAAAGCUGUAUUGUCGCAGCCUGUGGCACCUUCAUACGCCGCUCUUCCCUCCGAUCUACGGUCUGCAGCAGAAGCGAAACUCAGACGGUCUUCUGAAUUCUUUGCCAGCGUUAUCCUUACCUUCGUUAUACGUGAUCUGGCACAACUUCUAGACAAGUAUGCGAAGAGAUGCGAAAAGUGGCUAGAGGAAUGA